AUGGCGUCGCGACGCGCGCGCGCGCUCGUCACCGUCCUCCUCCUCGCGCUGACGGCGUCCGCGACGCUCGCGACGACGUCGGGCGACGUCGCGCCUCGCGCGGCGGAGACGACGAGAGGCGACGGAGCCGUCGAGGCGGCGAGCGAGCGCGUCGUCGCGUUCGCCUCGUCCGACUCGCGUCCCCGUCGCGCCUCCUCCGCGCGGACGCUCCUGAGCAAACCGAACACGCGCGCCAAGCCGGACUACGACGUGUACCUCACGAGAGCGCGCGCGCUGGAGGAGAUCGAGCGCGUCGCGCGCGAGAACCCCGCGGUCGCGCGCCUAGAGUGGAAGCGGCGAUCGACCCGCGACGGGAACUACACCGCGGCCGUCCCGAUCGUGACCGUGGACUUGGCGGCGCGCGAACGAGAGGAGGGGGAGGAGGGGGAGGACGGCGGCGGCGAGCGGCCGAGGGUGCUGCUCAACUACGGCGAGCACGGGCGCGAGCUCAUCACCGUGGACGUCGCCGUGGCGCUGGUGAGAGCGCUCGCCGAGGGCGGCGCGGAUGCCGCGGCGCGACUGGCGCACGCGGAAGCGGGGGACGCCGCGCUCGUCGCCGCCGCGCUUCGACGCGCGAUCUUCAAGAUCGUGCCGAUGGAGAACGUGAACGGGCGCGACGCGGUCGAGCGCGGGGAGUACUGCGAGCGCAAGAACGGCCGCGGCGUGGACACGAACAGGAACUUUGGCGUGGACUGGGGCGUGCGCGCGCCGGAUUACGACCCGAAGGAGGAGCACCCGGGCGCGCACGCGUUCAGCGAACCGGAGGCGAUCGUCUUGAAAGAGCUCGUCGAGGAGUUUAAACCUCACGCGUGGGUGAACGUGCACAGCGGCAUGGAAGCGCUGUUCAUGCCGUUCGAUCACAAGUCGGAGACGCCGACGGGCGCGGGCGCGGAGGCGAUGGAGGAGACGCUGAAGAAGGCGCGUUCAUGUUUAAACUGGUCCCCGUACGACCGCGUUCGCGUGGUGAACGCCAUAAACGCGUGGCACUGCCGCGGGAGGUGCGUCGUCGGCGGCGGCGGGAAGGGCGUCGGGUACCUCGCGCACGGGACCGCGACGGACUGGAUGUACGUCGCGCGGGGAGUCCCCGUGGCGUUCACGUGGGAGAUUUACGGCGACGUGGACGCGCAUUACGACGACUGCUUCGCGAUGUUUAAUCCAAUCGGGAAGAGAGCGCACGACGACGUCGUCGAACGGUGGGUCGCUGCCGCGGUGACGCUCGUCCCGCUCCUGCGUCACCACCCGGACGUUCCGGCGAUGGUCGGCGGCGAGAGGGCGUCGCCGACGAAGAAGCCUCCGGCCGCGGCCGCGGACGCGGAGAGGAGAAGCGCGGGAGGGGGCGGGGGCGGGACGGCGGCGCCGCGCGCGGGGAACGAGGCCGCCGCGUCGUCGUCGUCGUCGUCGUCGUCGUCCAUCCCGCGGUUCGCGUUCGUCCUCGCGUGCGCGGCCGCGUGCGCGUGUUACCACUGCGCGGGACGGAGAAGACGCGGCAAGCGGGCGCGGAGCCCGCGCGGUCGAAGACUCGUCGGCCCGUUCGCGGUGUGA